UGUUUGAACUAGUUUGACAAUUAAUCGCAGCCCGCUAUGCUGAUUAAAAUCACUCCAAAAUUGUUAACUUUGGGGUCAGUGGCGUAACGUAGGUCACAAAGUAGGGAAAUUCAGAGCGCUUUGGCAACACAGCAAGAAAGAAACGCGUUUAUGGUUCUGCAAAAGGCGUAACGGAACCGUUUCGCUCGCAGGUGAAUAAAUUCCUUUACCCAAAACCUGUUUCCUUACCUGAGGCGCGCCUCUGAAUACUAAAUAGUUGUGUACACAUAACUUUUUUAUUACUGUAACCCAGACUAGACCUACAUAAUCGUGACUUUUUACAAAAUAGUGGCGAAAGAUUCACACACGUCGCAUAAAAAACAAGUUUCGGACGGCUUGACUGAGUACGAAAAAAAAAAAAAUUAGUUAAUACUUUUCUAACAGAAUUCUUAAAAUUAAUUUAUCGCAGUAGAACAAAUUAUCAAGUCGUGCAUACAUUAAUAGCAUCAUAAUUAGUAAAUUUUGGGAUUUUUACAAUACAUCUUCAGCGACGUAUGUAACCAAUAAUACACCGACUCACACCUGUUGCUCGACCGCCGCCUCCCACCUGCCCUAAAAAUGCUUUGUAGUUUGUUUUGUUUGUAACUCGUAGUCAUCUGUGUAAAUAAGUCGCCAGAAGCUCACAAGACAUCUGCAUUUCCCCGCAAAUCCGCCCAAGAUGCUCCCCCUGCUCGCCCUCCUCCCUCUCCUGCACCUCGCCGCCGCCAACGUCUACCAAUGCCACUCCAAGCUGCUCAAAGGCUGCAUCUGCGGCAAGGUCUACGUCAACCAAGAGACCUUAUUUACCGUAAACUGCACCAACUUGAUGUUCCGCAACACGAACAUGCUCGAACAGCUACCCGAAGAAACACAGAUGCUCAUCUUCACCGGCAAUCACAUCCCGGUGCUCGAGAUGAACGUCUUCGGUGACGAAAUCGACCUGAGUGGCUUGAAAGUCAUCGACAUGAGCAACAACGGGAUCAGGGAGAUCAAAGGAAAGGCCUUCCACCACGUGCCGAGCGUCGAGAGACUGAUCCUCAACCACAACAACAUCUCGAUUUCCAACGAAGACGACGGGAAUUUCCACCAUCCGAGGGUUUUUUCCAAUUUCUACAACCUGCAGGAGCUUCAUCUGACGAACGCGUUUGCGGAUAAUACAGACGCGGCGCUGGCGAACGAUUUACAUGAUAUUUUCGUCAACAGUAAUUUGAAUAAGUUGUACAAGUUGCAUCUGGAGCAGAACGAGAUUAAGUUUUUUAAAGACGAGAACGUGUUCUGCGAUUUGCCGGAUUUGCACGAUAUAUACCUGGGGGAUAAUAAUAUUCCGAGUUUGAACUUCAACGUGCGGUGUUUGAAGAAGUUGAGGUACUUGGAUUUGGAGAAUAAUAAUAUUGAUAAGUUCAGGCAGGACGAUUUGGAGGCGUUUGAUAGUUUGGUCACGCAGAAUAAUAAGUUCACGUUGGAGCUUAGGGGAAAUCCCUUUAGGUGUGACCAGGCGAUUAGGGACUUGUACAACUGGCUUCUACAGACUAAAGUGGAGGUGCGCGAAAAAGACCACUUAGAGUGCCAUCAAGCCAAAUACGGGAACAAGUAUAUUCUCAACUUGAAGAAUCUAGCUGUAGCUAAACGUGCCAAAGUUUCGCAAGCCGUCACCAUUUUGGUGAUUGUUUUGAGUCUUAUUCUUGUCACUUUGUUGGCGGCUUAUGCGUACGUGAAGAAAGAUAAAGUGAAAAGUCGCUUUGGGCCAGUGUUUGAUGCGCUAACUCGGAAAGUUCAUUAUACAACGAUUGAAUCUCAAGAUGUUUAACUUGGAAGUGUUCAUGAUGUGUUCCUAACAAUGGGAGAAACCACAAGGACUGACGUUUGUUGCGGGAUUUCCCACGUGUACUAAAUUAAUCUAAGUGCUUUUUUAAAUUUUGUAUGUUUGGUGCUUAUUUAUACUAGUUGUAUAAUAGUGUAGUUUUGUAUAAAAUCUAAUGUGCAAUUUUUCCGGCUCUGUAAAUAUUUUACACGAUUGUACAUAACUUUGAAUAAUAAAACUUGUUUCGAUUCAA